AUGUGGCGGCUGCUGUUAGGCCGCGGCCUGGGCCGCUGCUGCCCGCCCGCCGCCCGCCCCGCCUGCGCCGCCGAGCCGCCCGACGGCCACGGUCCCAGCCCCGGCCCCGGCCCCGGCCCCGGCCCCGAGCGAGCGCCCGGUUGUAAGAACGGACGGCCGAGGGAUGGCCGGGAGCGAGGAGGAAGGCAGCAGCCCCUGCCUGGCCUGGUGCCCCACUACUCCGUGCUGGAAGCAGUCACCUGGGGAGCAUUCGGUGCACUGCUGCUGCAGCUGGUCAGACAGAUCUCAUGGCUGAGAUCACUGCAAGACAGCAAAGGAGGCCACAGGUCUCUCUGGAUUUCUUCAUUGCCCUCUCAGCAGACAGUGGUGACUGAAGCCUCGACCAGCAGUUCUAGUGCACAGCUGGGGUCCCACUUUCUGCAGAAAGAAAGUCCAGAGGUCAUACCAGAGCAUUCAUCCUCAGGGCAAGGAGGGAGCCAGCCCUGGGCAGAAGAAGGGGAGCUCCAAGUUCCUGAGAGCUCCAGCUCGGGGCCAGGUCUCCCCAGCACAAAGGUUUCUUCUGUAACUGCUCAGGGUGACCCAGCUGGACGAGGGCAUUUAGAGGAAGCUGCUUUCCAGUUGCAGCAGAUUUUCCGGAUUGACAUUUCCAUUGCCUUGAAUAUCCUCGGGAUUGAAAGUAUGAGAGCAGGCCACUACAGGAUAGCCUAUACCUGCUUCAAGCUGGCAGCAGAUCGAGGCUACAGCAAGGCCCAGUUCAACGUGGGUCUGUGUUACGAGCACGGCAGAGGCACGGAAAAAGACUUGGAAAAGGCAGCUUUUUACUACUACCAUGCAGCCAGCAGCUGUCACCCCCUGGCACAGUACCGCUACGCACGCUGCCUUCUGUGCCACAGACCUGAAAACGAAUGGCACAGGCAUCCCAAGGCAGUCACUUUCCUGGAGCAAGCAGCAAUGGCUGGGAUUACAGAGGCACAGGCUUGUCUGGGAGUGUUCUACAUGAGGGGGCUGCAACCUAAAGAAAAGACAGGCCUGAAGUACCUGCUGCUGGCAGCAAGGAGUGGCGAUGCCCAAAGCAGAUAUCACGUGGGAGUUUGCUAUGAGAAGGGCCUUGGAGUGCAGCAGAACCUGGCAGAAGCGAUGAGACACUACCAAGAGGCAGCUGCAGCAGGGAACAGGAACGCUGCGGAGAGGCUGCGAGUGUUAGAAGAGGAGGCGGAAGAUGUGCAAACGAAGCACACGUUCUCUUCCGGAAUGAGGUCCUCUUCCUCCAGCCCCUGCUUCUGGGCUACUGAGCUUGUGCCUGCAGACCUCCACACCUCCCAGCCAAGGCCAUCUGCCCUCAGCCUGUCCCACUCCUGGAGCACAGACAGCCUACACGUGAGGCUGCUGGGUGCAGGCUGGAGCCGUGCCCUGGGCAGCAGGGCAGCGCCGCAGGAGCCCCACCGCUGCUGGUGGUAGAGCCAGGUGGACAGGAGCACUGUCUUCCAGCCCCAGGCUCUUCCCGUGUGCCGACAGCUGCCGCAGAAGCCCGGGGCCCGUUUCAUUGUGGACUUGGGCCUUCUGGGACAAAAUCAUUUCAAAGAGGGUGCUCAUUUCUGAGAGGAAAGUGCUGGCAAGUCUCGUCCCAGCAGCGUUUGAGUCAGCUCCAGCACCUUUCCCAAAGGUUUCAAAGGUCCUUGGUUUCUCCUGCCUUGCAGCUUCCUCGUCCUGAGGUGAGUGAGGAGAGUCAGGGGAGAAGACGUUGUCCUUGUAACUGCCGGUAAGUGGCAAGGAGAGCCGAGCCACCCAGGCUGGGUCUGCAGCCGUCAGCCUCUUGAGGGCCAGCUCUGGAGGGAGAGAAAACAACAACUGCUGGUGAGAUGUGGAGUACAAGAGAGAAGAGGAAGGGAAAAAAGAAGAGUGAUAAAUGAGGAGACUUGAUGAAAUGAGCUGUGAGAGGACUGGUGGUAAACAGGUCUCGAGGUAAGCUACCAGCAGCAUCACUCAAACCAACAGCUUGGGAAAACCAAACCAACUGGAACUGGUUUAAAACUCUUGGGUUUCUGCUUUUU